AUGGCAUGUAGAGCUUACAUGGAAGUAUUAAGUUGUGCCAAAAGAACAGACAAUUUUUCAAAUAUAUUGGAUAAUCAUUCUAUUAUAAUUGCAAAAACUGAAGAUGACAUUGAUGUAUCAAAAAUUACCUCAUCAAAGUAUUUUUCUGAUGGAAUUAUUUCUUUAGGUCUCAAAAAAACAAUAUUACUUGAAAUAUUUCCUGAGGUAGCUGUUAUAACACGAAGUAUUAUGGAGAGUUUUGGGCAAAAAAUAACAUUUUUUUUGAGUAAUGAAAAGUCAUAUCAUGUUUUAUCUUUACGCUUUACAAUAGAUCAACAUAGUGAAUAUUUGAUUAAUUAUUUAAUGAGAGAAAUCAGAUGUGAUAACAUUUACACUUUGGAUCUUCGCAAUCUCAGUAGACCAUAUGGUAAUCGUAGUAAAAAUAUAUUUUUUAUUACCAAUGAUAGAAUUUUUAAAAGAUUUAAAAAUCUUAAAACAAUAGUAAUACAUCCAAAAAAUUUUCUUAUGAAUAGUAUCCUUAGAAAAUUUGUUGAUGUAGCAAGUAAAAUUAAAGGAAUUACAAUUGAAAUUGAUUUUGAAAAACCAGAAAUUCUUAAUCAUGCUGUUAAUACAACAUUACCAGAAGGAAAUUGCAUUGUAUCUUAUAUAUUGAAGAAAAAAGUUUUUUUGAAAAUUAAAGGAAUCUAUUUAAAAAUUUUCAGUCUUAAUAAUAAUUUAUUACCCCAUCAUACUAAUUUUGAAUUAUCAUUUAUAAAAACUCUUAGACUUGAUGUAUCUUCAGUUUCAACAUUUCGUAAACUAUGCAAUUUCUUACCUCAUAUGAUUAAUCUUGAAUGGAUAGGAUUGAACUUUGUUAUAAAAAUGUUUCCAAUGCAAGUUGAAAUAAAAAUUCUUGAAAAAGUUGAAGAAACUAGAAAAUUUUAUUAUCAAAGUUUGGAAAAUUUAACUAAUCUUGAUACUAUUCAAAUUACUUUUGAUUUUGUCACAAAUUUUUCUCAUGAUUUGUUGGAUAAUAUUAUUAAUGGAGUAAAAGAUAUAACUCCUGGUAACCUUGCUCAUUAUAGUGAAACUGAAAUGGAAAGAUUUAAAAUGUGUAGACUUUUUUGUCAAAACGAAAUGAUGCGUUUUUUUAGUGUUUGCCCAAAAAAUGUUCAUCAUUUGUAUCUUUCAAAAUUUCUACAAUUUGAUACAUCAAUAUCUACACUUUUAAAUGAAUAUUUUCCUGAUUUAAAACUUUUAUUUUUGGAAAGAAUAGGUGAUGUUGAGAAGAAUGCAUUAAUGCCAUUGAAAAAUCUUAGAUUUUUUAUUCCUACUUACAUACAAGAAUUUGAACUUCCACCAAGUGUUGAAAUUUGUAUGAUGUGUUAUGUUAAUGAUAACAAAAAUAAAGAUGUUGUUACGGAAAAAUAUGAAAAUCUACGCAAAUAUUACACAAAUUUGAGUCGUUUUACAAAGGAACUUGUCUUCAAAGAUAGUUUCUCUGCAACUAUUGUUUACAACUAUUUUCAUAGUAUACAUGUCAUUAAAAAUUAUUUUGAUGAUAUAACUGAAAUGUUGGAUUGCAAUGAUCAGAAACAAUAUUAUAAAUCAUCCUAA